AUGUCUUGCAAACAUGUAAUAUCAUGCACCAUCGUUACCUUGAUCCUCUUGUUUAUUGUGAUCGGCAUACCUAUAAUCAUCUAUGAAGCAGUGGUGAAACCUAAGGACCCGAAAUUCACCCUUGAACACGCCUCAAUCACUGGCUUCAAUCUUUCAUCGGACGGUCAUCUCACCUCCUUCUUCGACGUGAUCAUUAAGGCAAAUAACCCAAAUCACAAGCUCAAGCUUAAGUACACUAGCGUUCGUAUUUCGAUUUUUAAAAACAAGCAGAAACUCGGCGAGGAUGCCUUAGACAAUUUCACGCAAAGGAAGAAGAACGUGACCAUGUUAAGGUCCGAGGCCGUGGCCCUUAACGUGAAGCUCAAAGAAUCAUCUAGGUUUGAUUUUCGAUUCGAGAGCGGAAAUGGAUACCUUGAUUUUGAUGUAUUUUUGACGGCCUCUUUAAAUGGCAAUAGUUUGGAGGUUAAUUGUAAGCAUGCCAUUGUUAAUGUUGCAUCUCCUAGAAUUACUAAUAAUAGUAAUAGUGGUAAUAAUAAUGGAGGCAAUUUUCGUCGAGUAGGAUGCAGUGUUCUUAUAUAUAACGACGAUGCUUAG